UUGACAGUUGUAUUUGUGGUUAUACCUACCUAUAGAUUAGUGAAGUUAUAACUCCAAAAACCACCACCAGUCACCAUACCCAAUCCUGGUAAAGUUGUUGCCUGUGAAGGAUGCCUUCAGCUGCGAAUCCUAAGUCCGAAAAGCCGGCCUCUUCGGAGGCCACGGAUAAUUCACCAGUACGACAAGUCUUGACGAUUAUUGAACAUAAAAUCCGUAAUUUGGAAAAAAGAAAGAGUAAGUUGACUUCAUACAGAGACUUACAAAAAUCUGGCAAAGAACUAAAUGCUGAUCAGAAGAUAGCAGUUGCCAAGUAUGACGAAGUAGCUCAGACGUUAGAGUUCGCUCGAGACCUCUCAAAGCAAAUAACGUCCAUAGCUGUCUCUACUGAAAAGGAAGCUAAAAAACAAGCAAAAAGGGAAACCUGGAUUCGCUAUGCGGCUGACACAAACAAGAUUCGAGAGGUUCUUCUCAUCUUGGAUUGCCUCACGCAAAUGGGCAAUACUGAAGCCAGGGAUGAUUUCUUAAAUGGAACUAAUGGAGCGGCUAAAUUGACUGAGGAGGAUCUUAAAAUUCUUGAUGAUUUGUACCCCGAAGUGACGCCGAAACACGAAGCCAACGAGGAGGGCCAACCCGGAUUCCCCGCCUACACGACAAAAGCGGCCGAACACAUCUAUGCCGUCAUCGACGGGAAACCGAAGGAAAUCCUGGGCACCACGUACGCCCACAUCAAGGAGAUCAUCAUGACCGUACACAGCUGCGGCUACUUCGACAAAGUCUUGGACGACAACGUGGCCCCCUCGCCGGCCGUGGAGGCGGCGCCGGAGCCGGUGGAGGUCGCGCCGCUCGCCUACGCCGCGCCGCCGGAGCUGCCCGCGCCGCACGCCCUGCCCGCCCCCGCCUACCCGCUGCGCCCGCUGCCGCCCAUCACGCUGCAGGAGGUCGAGCACGCCUACUUCGCCCAGCAGUACCCGCAGCAGCGGCCCAUCGCCGAGGUCAUCGGCUCGCAGAACUUCUUCUUCCUGCAGGAGUCCGAGAUCGACAGCCCCGUCGGCACGCCGCAGCCGCCCCUGAUGAACCCGCCGUCGCCGCCGGGGCCCAUCCCCACGCAGACCUUCACCAACCAGCACUUCGUGCCGAUGCCGCCGCCGCACUUCCAGGCGCCCUACGUGCCGCUGGCCGCGCCGCUGCCGCCGCCGCCGCAGCCGCAGCUGGCCGCGCCGCACGAGGCCGCCCCGCAGCACGAGGCCGCCCCGCAGCACGAGGCCGCCCCGCAGCACGAGGCCGCCCCGCAGCCCGAGGCCGACAGGCCCGACGACGAGUGGCAGGAGACCCGCAGCCCCGAGCGAGAGGACGGCGGCGAGCGCAGGGCGCAGGGCCAGGGUGACGGCCAGAACAGGUUCCGGCGGUACCGCGGGGGCGGGGGUGGCGGGAGGGGGGGCGCUGCCAACGGGUACCGCGGCCGCGGCGGCUACCGGCAGCACGACGGCUACCAGGGCCAGGGCCGGCACGGCGGCGAGUACCAGCCGCGCGCCAACAAGGACGGCCCCCCGCAGCGGCAGUACAACGACAACUACCAGAGCCGGCACAAGGACGGCCCCUACGGCAACGGCGACGCCGGCGCCGGCGAGCACCCGCAGCACGAGAACGGGCACAGCUACGGCGGCGGCUUCAAGAGCCGCGGCCGAGGCGGCCCCCGCGCCCGCGCCGCGCCCCGCGCCCGCGCGCCCGCGCCGCACUACGCGCGCCACCGGGACCAGCCCGACCGGCCCGACCAGUGAGCCCGACCCGGAGCCCGGAGCCCCGCCAUAUAAACAUAUUACUUUUCUCUAUGAAGGACUAAAUCGUUCGUGGAAGGCAGAUUUCACCGGCAACAACGCGCUGUGGUAACAACAAACGGAGAUUCUGGUAUAAUAAAAAAAUAAAAUAAAAAAAAGAAUAAAAAAAAAAGUAAAACAAUAAAAGAUGAAACUGAAUAAAAAUAAGUUACUUGAAUUUAGAUGUAUGAUAUAUGCAAUUAUAAUAAGUUACGUAAUUCUAGAUUGUAUAUGUUCGUCGCUGCGGUGGGCGGGGCCGCUCCGCCUCGGCCGCACUCGGCGCGGGAGCACACGGCUCGACUUUUAAAACUUGAGGAGAUAUAAAGAGAGUCGAUCUUGUUCAAACUUGUUCGAGAGAUCGGCUCGCUUUAUUAUUUGCCAACUUCACUAUCGGGACUUUGAUUCCAAAUCUCAUUUGUACUUUUCAUACCGUUCAUAUUAAUUCAUUACAUGUGUUACGAUGUUAUACAUGUUUUUGUUUUCCUGAGCCGAAUUAUAUUGAAGUCAGUGAUAUUGCACGAAAUAAUGUGGUGUUUUUUUAAGGUUUUUUUAACAAAUUGUAAAUAGAAAGGUUUACAGGAUGUUCCAGAAGUACCACGUCACAGUGACACCGGAGGUAGGUCAACUCGAAAGGAACCUAACCAGCCCAACAUGACCCCAGUAAAAGUUGCACGGUUUUCGAGUUAUUGCCGAAAUAAAUAAAAAAUAUUAAAAAAUUUCCCCCUUUUUAACAUUUUUAGUACCAACCCGCAUCGAUAACUUGAAAAUCAUGCAACUUUUACUGGGUUCAUGUUCGGCUGAGCGGAAUGCCAACAUUAUCCACGUAAAAAAACGCUGGUUAGGUUCCUCUGCAGUUGACCUACCUCCAGUGUCACUGUUACGUGGUUGUUCUGGGACACCCUGUAUAAACACUUGUAUGCUUGUGUAUUUUAUCAGUACUUUUUUUUCAUUAAACCAGUGAUAAAUGAAAAGAGCAGGUUAAAGCCAUAAAAAUAUGUUACUAUAUUUGGUUCUGGCCUCCAAUUUUAUUUUACUCUACACUACAUUGUUCUCAAUAGAGGCUGUGUGCAAGCAAAUUAAAAGUAUUCUAUGAAC